UAUCGAUGGCCCCGCCCUCAUAUAGGCACCACCGCGCCGCUGCGUCUGGGAGCAUGGACCUUCCGCGGCUGCCGGACUCUAAUGCCCGGUACCGGGACCGGUGCUUCUGGGACUCGCGGUACCGGGAGGUGGGGGCUGCUCCGGCUGAGUGGUUUGGGGGCUUAUCCUGCUUCCGCGAGCAGCUGGAGGCGGAGCUGCGCCCGGGGGACCGGAUCCUGGUGUUGGGCUGUGGAAACAGUGCCCUGAGCUCCGACCUGUUCCAGCUUGGCUACACAGAUGUCACCAGCAUUGACUACUCCCCGGUGUGCAUUGCGGGCAUGCGAGCCCGCUACGCCCAGUGCCAGGGCCUGCAGUGGGUGGUGAUGGACGCUCGGGACUUGGCCUUCGCAGACGGCACCUUCGACGUGGUUCUGGAGAAGGGCACGCUGGAUUCCAUGAUGGUGGUGGAGACGGACCCCUGGAAUGUGUCGCCUGAGACCACAGCGCUGCUGGACCAGGUGCUGAAGGAGGUCAGCAGAGUCUUGCGUCCGGGAGGCCGUUUCAUCUCCAUCACCUUCGCCCAGCCGCACUUCCGCAAGCGCCACUACGCCCAGCCCACCUAUGGCUGGUCCCUGCGCCACUCCACCUACGGCAGCAACUUUCACUACUUCCUUUACGUCAUGUGCAAGGGCCAGGAGCUGUCCCCUGCCGACCUGGCGCUGGGGCGGAGACUCCACGAGCUGCCCUGCCCCGCCCGCCCACCCAGCGUCCUCCAGGCCUUGGACAGCGAGGAUUAUCUCAGUGCUAUUGAGCUGAGCCAGACUGUGUGCUGGAGCUUGCCGCCAGCAAGGAGUCACUAACCAUUAGGCUUGUGAACCAUGCUUUAAGCCUCACCAGCUAAAAAGUCACGGUGGGGCCAGAACGCGCAGGAAAGGGGCCUGUCGGUUCAGAUUUGGAAACAGCCACAACCAAGGCUAUGAGAAACAGCAGCAACUCUUUAUGAUUACAUUGGUGGGGGGUUGUACUGGGGGGAACCUGGUUCCGACCAUCCCAUGCUCCCACUGCUGAUUGUAGUUUGCAUAAUAAGAUUAAUAGAUUCAUAGAUUCUAGGUCUGAAAGGGACCUCGAGAGGUCAUCGAGUCCAGUCCCCUGCCCUCAUGGCAGGGCCAAAUACUGUCUAGACCAUCCCGGAUAGACCUUUAUCUAACCUACUCUUAAGCCUUCAUUCCAUUGGGCUGUGAGCCCUGUGGGGGAGGGGCUGUCUCCCUGUGUGGUUGGAUAGGACCCAACACAUGGUGGGUCUGAACAGUUUACACCCGGGUAAUUCUACGGAUGGUAAUCCAGAUCUACACCCAUGUCAGUGCGAGGAGAAAUGGUCUCUCUGGUGGCUACCAGAGAAUAACUCACACUAGCCCAUUAGUGCUGGUCACUCAGCCUGGAGCUUCCAGCCUGGGGAGGCCUCUCCCCUCUAGGAGCCUCACAAGCCUGUCUCUGGAUAAAGGACACCAGGUCCAAUCCUGACCCAUGGGGAAUUGAAGGGGCUUCCCUCCCGCCCCUCCACGGGGUCAGUGGGAGACCAAAGCACCAGUGCUGCAGAGAGCGUCCUGUGCAAGCAUUAGGCUGCUGGAGAAAGCCCCCUGGUACAGGCAGGGACUUUGCCAUGGGCUGUGGUCGCCACUAGAAUGCUCUUUGUGGAAAGAGCCCAUUAGUUUGGGGGGAUGCAGUUGAAUGGGACCCCUGCCCACCCAUGCGGAUCCGACUUCAGAACCGGGGCCUUACAUGGGCUCCUCAGGGCAGGGGCUGGGUCCGCUUUUCACUGAUGGUGUGAAUACUUCAGUAGCAGUCAUGGCGGGGAAGUCCUCUCUCGGUGCCCCCUGCUCUGCACUACUGUGACCCCCUGCAGGCAGGGGCCAGCUGGAGUCCCAGGGAGCGGCAGGCAUCUGCCAAUCUGAUUCGAUAGUGAGAUCUAGAAGGGGAUCAGGCUGUUAAAAGGUAUGAAUGUAAAAUGUGUACCUGAGAGACUCCAACUGGUGCUGAGAAUCCAGAGGCUUUGGGGGCAGAUUCCUCUUUCCUGCAGCUCAGGGGGCACAGACAGGAGCAUUCAGGGAUCUGGGGACAUAGAUCAGCAAGGGCGAGAUCUGUAGGCAGCUGUGUUCCACCAUUGGCCCCGUACCCACAGGCUUCCUUUUCCAGCAGAGGGAGAUAGGAGCUGGCACAGCUGUAGAGACACUUAACUGCAGGGGGCUCAGACCCCAAGGUAGCCCUCUUCCUUAGAUCCUGAGCAUUUUGGGAAUGGGCGUUUAUUCAUGUCAGUGUUAAGCCAUGUAAAUACAGCUUGGGCAGAUGUGUGUGUGUGUCUCUCAGUGCGGGUGUACUGAUGGUGUUUGUUGAGUGCCUGUGUGCAUGUGGCUCUGUAUGGGAAUCCGUGUGUUUGGCUUUGAAUGUGGGUCUCUGAGUACCUACGUGUCUCUGUGUGUUGAGCAUGUAUGCAUGCAUCUGGGAGCGUGUGCACUUUGCAUGUGUGUAUAUGAGUCUGUCGGACGGCCUAUGUGAAUGGCUGUGCAUAUGUGGUUCUCUGUGUGUGGGUUGAGUGUAUAUGGAUGUGUCUGUGGUUCAGUGUGUUUGUAAGUUGGCUCAUUGCCUGUAGUUGUGGUGUCUGAAUUGCCUGUAGUUGUAGUGUCUCUUUACGUAAGAACGGCCAUACUGGGUCCUACCAAAGGUCCAUCUAGCCCAGUAUCCUGUCUUCUGACAGUGGCCAAUGCCAGGUGC